AUGUCUCUCACCCUCAAACUCUCCUCCCUUGUUAUCCGCACCUUGUCAAAGCCGAUCGCCAACCAAAUUAAGGCCCAGGCUCGCGAACAUGAACGCUUCCGGCGCAUCUGCGUCUCUAUGGCGCAAGGUCUCCACCGUAUCGACAUGCGUCUCCGGCUAGGCAACAUUCGCGACAACGCCGCAUCGCAAAAACGAGCAGCUGCUGAAAGAGAGCUCCGAAAGCACAAGCCCACGUCCCCGACGGUAAAGACGGAAGUAGAGGCGAAAGCAGAAGAGGAAGCCAUUGCGAAAGCCAAAGCGGCGGCGGAGGAGGCAGCGAAGCCGGCACCGAAACCUCACAUUCGACCAUUGUCCGAGUCCAAGGCCAUCGAGUCCGGGGCCACAUUUAUCAGCGAAACAUUUCUGUUUAUUGUUGCAGGAGGGCUGAUUGUCUUUGAAUCGUGGAGGUCUCGGAGAAAGGAAACAACCCGCAGGGAGGACGUUGAGACUCGAUUGGCCGAGCUGGAGCAGUCUGAGAAGGCCGCCCGGCUAGCACUGUUGGCCUUGGAAAAGGAGCUGCUCCAGCAGAAGGCCAAGCACGGAGAACUCUCAAAGUCCUCCUCGAGGAUCCUACCACGCGAGGUGUGGGACGUGAACCAAGAGGAUGAAGUAAAGCCAGCCGAGGAGCCGGGCUUGCUGUCGUGGAUUACAUCGUAUUUGCCUUGGGGAGAGAGUCCGGAACAACGGGCAGAGUCUGUGAUCAAGGAGAGCAAGAGUGCAGCGAAGCUACCAGUUGAUGCACCAACAUCACCGGCAUCGAAACCAGCCGAAUCGGAAUCGAAAGGUCAUUCACGACGUCCGGCUGGCGGGGAGAAGAAGAGUCGCGGCUUCGGUCGCUCCAAGGCCGCCGCCGAUGUGGGCGACGGGCGACAGGCGGGCAAGCCUCAGGUCAAGAAGGCUGUCUUCGAAAGCACAAAGAAGAAGGAGAUUGGUGUCUCAGAUCUUACCCUCCUCAGCAAAAUCUCCAAUGAGGCCAUCAAUGAGAAUCUCAAACUCCGCUUCGAACAUGACGAGAUCUACACAUACAUUGGACAUGUGUUGGUGUCUGUUAACCCGUUCCGCGACUUGGGCAUCUAUACCGAUCGUGUCCUCGAGUCCUACCGGGGGAAGAACCGACUCGAAGUCCCGCCCCACGUUUUCGCGGUCGCAGAGUCCGCCUACUACAACAUGAAGUCAUACAAGGAUAAUCAGUGCGUGAUCAUUUCAGGAGAGUCGGGUGCGGGUAAGACGGAGGCGGCCAAGCGGAUCAUGCAGUACAUCGCCAGUGUAUCCGGGGGAAGCGACUCGUCCAUCCAACAGACCAAGGACAUGGUUUUGGCCACCAACCCGUUGCUGGAAUCGUUUGGUAACGCAAAGACCCUGCGCAACAACAACUCCUCCCGUUUCGGAAAAUACCUGGAACUGGAGUUCAACACCAAUGGCGAGCCGGUAGGUGCCAACAUCACAAACUACCUGCUGGAGAAGUCAAGAGUGGUGGGGCAGAUCACGAACGAGCGAAACUUCCACAUUUUCUACCAAUUCACCAAAGCUGCACCGCAGAAGUACAGAGAUAUGUUCGGCAUACAGCAGCCUCAAUCCUACCUCUACACCAGCCGAUCGAAGUGCUACGAUGUCCCCGGAGUCGAUGAUGCCGCCGAAUUUAGAGACACCAUCAAUGCCAUGGGUGUCAUUGGAAUGACUGAAGCUGAACAGGACGAGGUGUUCCGCAUGCUGGCCGCCAUUCUGUGGAUCGGAAAUAUCCAGUUUGCCGAAGACGACUCCGGGAACGCUGCCAUCACUGACCAGUCAGUGGUCGACUUUGUCGCAUACUUGCUGGAGGUCGAUGCCGCGCAGGUGAAUAAGGCGCUGACCAUCCGGUUGAUGGAGACGGCCCGCGGAGGCCGCAGGGGAUCGGUCUAUGAGGUUCCGUUGAACACGGUGCAGGCGCUGGCUGUUCGUGAUGCGUUGUCCAAGGCGAUCUACUUCAAUCUCUUUGACUGGAUUGUUGGGCGGGUCAACUCCUCGUUGACCGCCAGAGGGUCGGUGGCGAACUCCAUCGGUAUCUUGGAUAUCUACGGGUUUGAGAUUUUUGAGAAGAACUCGUUUGAGCAACUGUGUAUUAACUACGUCAAUGAGAAGCUGCAGCAGAUCUUCAUCCAGUUGACCUUGAAGGCGGAGCAGGAUGAGUAUGCGCGGGAACAGAUCCAGUGGACCCCGAUCAAAUACUUUGAUAACAAGGUGGUCUGCUCGUUGAUUGAGGACAAGCGUCCACCGGGUGUCUUCGCAGCGCUGAACGAUGCCUGCGCGACAGCGCAUGCCGAUUCCGGCGCGGCGGACAACACAUUUGUCGGCCGUCUGAACUUCCUGGGCCAGAACCCCAACUUUGAGAGCCGCCAGGGCCAGUUUAUCGUCAAACAUUACGCCGGUGACGUCAGCUAUGCAGUCGAGGGCAUGACCGACAAGAACAAGGACCAGCUGCUGAAGGAUCUGUUGAACCUCGCUGGUUCCAGCAGCAACCAAUUCGUCCACACCCUCUUCCCCAACCAGGUGAACCAGGAUGAUAAGAGACGUCCGCCCACCGCCAGCGACAAGAUCAAGGCGUCUGCCAACGACCUUGUAGCGACGUUGAUGAAGGCACAGCCGUCUUACAUUCGAACCAUCAAGCCCAACGAUAACAAAGCGCCCCGGGAGUAUAACCAAGGCAACGUGCUGCACCAGAUCAAGUACCUGGGUCUGCAGGAGAACGUACGUAUUCGUCGCGCUGGUUUCGCCUACCGUCAAACGUUUGAUAAGUUUGUGGAACGCUUCUACCUGCUGUCGCCCAAGACAUCCUACGCCGGUGACUACACGUGGACGGGUGAUGAGGAGUCUGGUGCCCGCCAAAUCCUCAAAGACACCAGUAUCCCCGCAGAAGAGUACCAGAUGGGUAUCACCAAGGUCUUUGUCAAGACCCCGGAGACGCUAUUCGCCUUGGAGACGAUGCGCGACCGGUACUGGCAUAACAUGGCCAUUCGCAUUCAGCGUGCUUGGCGCAACUACCUGCGCUACCGCAUUGAAUGCGCCAUCCGCAUCCAGCGGUUCUGGCGUCGCAUGACAGGCGGUCUGGAGUUCAUCAAACUGCGUGACCAAGGACACCAGGUCCUCCAGGGCAAGAAGGAGCGGCGCAGGAUGAGUUUGCUCGGGUCGCGGCGCUUCCUCGGAGAUUAUGUGGGCGUUGGCAAUAAGGGUGGACCGGGCGAGAUGAUCCGGAACGGUGCAGGUAUUAACGGAUCGGAAAAUAUUCUCUUUUCUUGCCGUGGCGAAGUAUUGAUUUCUAAGUUUGGCCGGUCCAGCAAGCCGGCGCCGCGCAUCUUUGUUUUGACCAACCGACACGUCUACAUCGUGGCACAAACGCUGGUCAACAACCAGCUUCAGAUUGCGUCAGAGAGGACGAUACCUAUCGGAGCGAUCAAGUCCGUUAGCACAUCGAACCUGAAGGAUGACUGGUUCUCGCUCGUGGUGGGCGGACAGGAGCCGGACCCGCUGAUGAACUGUGUCUUCAAGACGGAGUUCUUCACACACCUCACCAACGCACUUCGGGGACAGCUGAACCUAAAGAUUGCCGACCACUACAAGAGCAGCACCAUCCAUACGAGUGCCGGUGAACCCCCUAGCUCUGUCUCCAAACCCACGCCACGCCCGAAGCAGGUUGCUGCGCGACCCGUGACGAAGGGCAAGUUGCUCCGGCCUGGUGGUCCUGGCGGCGGGCCCUCGAAGUUGGCAUCCAGACCUGUACCGGCGCGCCAGCCUUUGCCUCAGUCCACGCCGCAGCCGGCUGCCGUGCAACCACCCCCCGCCCCCAGGCCAGGUGUGUCGCCCGCAGCGCAGCCCAGACCGGUCCCUCAACCUGUUGCCGCGGUUGCCGCAGCGCAGCACACACGAAAUGCAUCCACCAGCUCCGCAAGGGCGCCACCCCCACCUCCCCCAUUGACGCCGCCAGCCCAGAAGAAGCCAAUGGCGAAGGUGUUGUACGACUUUAACAGUGACCAGACCAACGAACUGUCGAUCCGAGCGGGCGAACUUGUGCAGAUUGUGUCCAAGGAAGGAAAUGGAUGGUGGUUGUGUAUGAACACAGCGACAUCGGUUCAGGGCUGGACGCCCGAGGCCUACCUUGAGGAGCAAGUAGCAGCGUCACCUAAGCCUGCACCGCCCCCGCCGCCACCGGUUGCACCCCGCGCCAGCCCCGUGCCGGCGACUAAUGGUGCCGCCGCCGCUGUGGCCGCCAAAGCUAAGGCCAAGCCGGCACCGCCGGCCCCGCCAGUGAAGCGGCCCAACAUGGCUGGGCGGAAGGUGGCGCCCGCACCCCCAGCAGCACCGCGCGAUAGUGCCGUGAGCAUGAACUCGCACGACUCGUCUGGCGGCAGCGGACGGGGGACGCCCAACAGCGCGUCGAACGCGAGUCUGGCGGGAGGAUUGGCGGAGGCACUUAAGGCGCGACAGCACGCGAUGCAGGGACAUCAUGAUGAAGACGAUGAGUGGUAG